CAUACAUUCUAGUGCAGAAUCACAUUACAGGACCGGACGUGUAUUUGUACGUGACGAAUGAACUUUUUGCCGGUAGCGUUCGAGAAAAGAGUUAGAUUAAGAUUCCGUUUUAAAGACAUAGUUGAGUAUUUGUGCAAUUCUUUGUUUGAAGUUCUACAAAGUCUAUACAAGAGGACCUCCUGAGACAACCAGUUAAAUGAAUAAAGUUGUUGCAUGAUAAUUUAUCCUGAAAAAACGGAGACCGCAACCGAGAUUGUUUCUGAACGAUCAGCUGAGUGCUUGCCUGGAUAGAGGGAUUGAUUGAACUAGUGCAGAGUUGAGGCAGUGGACGUGGGGUUUUCUCCAUUAGUUUCAGGCCAGUGCAAGUGUUGGAAUGGCAGCGGCAGGGGAGAAGCGAGAGCAUCUCUAUAAGGUGUUAGUCAUAGGAGACUUAGGAGUCGGCAAAACCAGCGUCAUCAAACGAUAUGUUCAUCAGUUCUUCUCACAACACUACCGAGCGACAAUUGGAGUCGACUUUGCCUUAAAAGUGAUCAACUGGGACGCAGACACACUCAUCAGGUUACAACUAUGGGACAUAGCAGGUCAAGAGAGAUUCGGGAACAUGACGAGAGUGUACUACAAAGAAGCUGUGGGUGCUUUCAUCGUCUUUGAUGUGACUAGAGUCUCGACGUUUGAAGCUGUGGCCAAGUGGAAGCAUGAUCUGGACUCCAAAGUACAACUCCCCAAUGGCACUGCCAUCCCUGCUGUUUUAUUAGCUAAUAAGUGUGACCAAACCAAAGAAGGCCUUGUAAACAACAGCAGCCAGAUGGACGAGUACUGCAAAGACAAGGGAUUCAUCAACUGGUUUGAGACGUCGGCCAAAGACAACAUCAACAUAGACGAAGCAGCAAGGUUUCUAGUUACAAGUAUCCUAGCCAACGACAAAGCGAUACACCAUGAAGAGACGGAACAAGACAACGAUCCUUUCAAAUUGGACGGUGAGAAGCCACCAGCGGAAGAGAAAGGGGCGUGUUGCUGACCCCCUUAUCAUUACCCCUAUCCUUCUUCCAAUCUUAUACCUAUCAUUUAUCUCUGUGCAGUACAAAUUAACAUUACUCCACAGCUAUUAAUGAUAUCUGUAAUAGGCUAAUCAGCCAUCUUUGGUUGUUAUGAGUAUGUAACCUUGUGAACGGUUCAUAUUUAAGGUACACAUGAGCAAGUGUUCAAACAAAUUUUUAAAAAAUUAUGUUAGUGAGGUCCAUGUUACUUCAACUAGUCCCAAGCUAAUUAGAAACAGGCUUUGAAUCUGUUGCCCUAACUUUGUGACUUGGGACAAUUAAGAUUCAACCGAUUCUAUUUUAAAAACCACCAAAUGAAAUUGUACAUCUACUUAACAAGAAACCUACUAAUAUGUUCAUUAAGCCAUCGCUAAUUUCAUUUCUUAACAUCUUUUAAGUAUCUUUUUAUUAUUAAAUUAGUUUGUAGUUAUAAAUAUGCUGAGUAAAUAAUUGUUUAACAUAUGAAAAAAAAAUGGAAGAAAAAAUUCUUUCAAGGUCGUGCAGCUGCCAUUUUGUACACUUUGAAUGUGAACCAAUCAGGUUGUGAUUAUGAUCUUCUCAGUUAAGCAUCUUUGCCAAGCAUUGAAGAUUGAAAACUCAGAACUGUUUCUACUAUGAAUACCAUUUUUCUUUUGACUUUCAAUGACCAUGUAAAUGUACCAUGGGUGUAAUAGGUGAUGGAGGGGGCUAAUGCAGUCUAACAUGCUAUUGUGUGUGACCACAUGUUAUUUAGCAAGCAAUCUUGCUUUUAUAUUGAUUGGUGCUUUAAAAUUUUCUACCGGUAACUUUUCUUGGUAUCCAUAUCACCCAUUCUUUUACUCAACUUCUUUGGAAGAUUUUGGAUACCGUUUUCAAUGGUGGAUUCUGUACUGCUGAGACUCCCUCUUGGCGGUGUGUAGAUUUAGAUGUAGAGGCCUGGAUGGGCCUUUGGUAAAUAUCCCCCCAAAAAUUCCCCUCCCCCUCCUACUGAUAAAUUUUAUAGGGAGCCAGUGAGAUUUUAGAAAUAAUGUUCUGUGGGAAAAAAUUAGUGUCAAGUAGACACUUUAGUGAGUCCCCCUCCCCCCCCCCCCCCACCACCCCCUCGCUCAUGAAAAUUCUAGAUUUGCCCCUUAAUCAUGCGGGCUUUAUCAUGCAUCUACAUUACUCCAUGUGUAACUAAAACUGGUGAGAGAUGACGGUCCUACCAUUUUUGUUUUCCUUUUUUUAGAUUUUCAUUAUAAGCAUGAUUGAUAAAAAUAAAAGGUUAUGCAGUGUAGGAGUCAGGCCACAUGAAUGACGAUUGAGUUGGUCUACCGUGAGUGAACACUGCCGUAAAAUGCCCUGAAAGAUAGAAUUUUAUGAUAAUAUAGACUUUACAGUGUACCUGAGAAGUUCUUUUCCUCUUCUUUUGUAUUAUGCAGCUAUUAGGGGUUGAGCAAGUCGGUCUAGAUCGUGAUGCCUUAUUCUUGUUUAUAGUGCUGAGGUCUGGUUAAUUCCAACAACAAAAAAACUUGUGGUUACCAAAACUUUUUGUUACGAAUGGACACAAAUAUUAACUAGAACAUGUCAAGAAUUAAUUUUUUUUCCUGGUGAAUAUCAAAGUCUGAGAUAAAGUAGACCCUCUCCCCUUAGUUAUGAGUGUAUCACACAUAAGGUAGAUUUAUUGCACCUUUUAUGAUAGAUGCCAUAGGUUUUGCUGUUAAUCAAAAUCAACAGCAGGUGGGGGGGGGGGGGAGUGUUUUGUUGGGGGUGUCGUGGAGGCGUCGUGGUAUAGUGGUUCAUUUCACUUGACUCUUACUGCAAGGGUUUAGGGUUCUUGUGCCCUUUGUCAAGACAGUAAUCCACAUUUGCCACUGUCCACCCAGGGACCCAUUUCACUAAGCCCUUGUUUUCAGUGACAAAUGACAGAAAUCAGUGACAAAUCUGCUGAUAACCAAUCAGAAGCAAGGAUUUCACUAGCUUAUAACAAAAACUGUCAUUUUUCCCUGAUGACAAGUUUUGUGAAAUGGGGCCCAGGUGUUCAGUGGGUAUCCGAUAGGAUACGAAAUGCAUUGUAGUUUUUCCGGCAAUAUGAGCGUCUGUAUAAUGGCCCCCUGGCUGGAAUGCUCCCCAGGGAGUGUAGAAUGUGCAUACAUUGUGUGCGGGCAAGCCUGAAUCAGCUGACAAGGUUAUGAUGUAUCAGCUAACCUUCGAGACAUUGUGGAUGUAUUCAGCGCUAUCUAAACGCAGAAUAUUAUCAUUAUUAUUAUCGACAGUGCAAGCUAAUAAAGUUAAAUGUAAUAUAUUGUUGAUUUUAUUUUGUACAUCUUAUAUUUUAAGAUAUCAUGAUUGAUCAUGUUAACUCUAUGCAUUCAAAAGUAAUGUUUUUCCAUAGAUGAGGAAAGCAUCUUGUAUAUCUUACUGUGAAAGAAAUCAUGAAAAAUAACAGGUUUAUAUUUGAUUUUUAACCUGGCGUGAUUACAUGUGUACAAUGUUUGUAGAAAAGAAAUGUAAGUAUCCAUUUCCAACUAUUUAAUUAAAAUAUAUGCGUUUUUAGGCAUCUAAUUUUAAGCUAUGGAUUUUUAAACCCAGAAGUAAUUUUGUAAUCGAUUAAAUCCACCAUUGAAGAUUUUUUUUUUUUUUUUUUUACUUCUUUACUCCAUAUUAUUUGUUAAUGGUACAUUCCAAGAAGUAAAAUUCACCUAUCUUUUCUUCUUUUCAACAAAUUGUUUAUGUUUUUAGUUAGCAUUAGACCUUGAAGGGGUCAGAAUACUCAGAGUACAGUUCAUAUAUUCAGGGCUGGCCAGAAGAGCAUUACCUGUAUAUCAAAGAUUAUGAGUUUAAUAGCGCCCUCCUGUGUCCAAACAGAGGAGCUACUGAUGGGCAUGAAUACAGUAUUAAUUAUUUAUUCAUAUGUGAGCUAUCAAUGUGAAUUAGUGUUGUAUUUAAUGAGAUCACACUUUGGGUGAAAAGGUUGCUGUGUAUAGUUUUUGUUAAAGCAUUCCCCCCCCCCCCCCCCUCAAUCUCAUCCAUGCUAGGUCCCUAAAAGCUUAUGAGAAAUGUUCAAGUGUAAACAUGAUUAGUUAAUUGUUUAUAGCAAACAAAUAAUUGCUUCAUUCAUCUUUACUGUAAUACGGGGUUCAUUUUGCAAAGCUCUAAGAAGAAAAUGUGAAAAUUAUCUAUAAAUAAGAGCUUUUAAGACAAAUAUAUCACCCAUAUUUAACUUCUAUAUUCAUCUUGACACCCUUAACAUAAACAUUUUUUAUAUUUCACCAGAGCCCUAUAAUAUUAACAUAUCUAUGGACUUGUAAUACUCCAGCAGUUGCCCAACAUGAUUUUGAAUGGGUUUUUGGAUAAAGGAAAUAAUUAUCCUAUUCAGCAUUUGUAUAUAUUAUUCCUUUUCAAGGACUUUACUAUCUAAUUCUUGGAGAACGUCUUUACAUCAGGAUCUAACAUGAUAUGUUUUAAUAUUUAAUUUGUAUUAAAAAUUCCUGUCUUAGUAUUGAACACAAUUACGUAGACUUUCUAAAAAUCAAGCUGAAAUGCACAUUCAAUAAUGGACCAGGAACAUUAGUGUUAAUGAUACUUUCUCAAAUUUCAUUAGAUAUUCAGAUUUGUACAAAUUUACAUCUCACAAAAUAUCAUUGUAGCACAUAUUGAUACAACAAUUGAUUUUAGCGGCAAUUCACAAAUUUUUCAUUUUUCAAAAAACCUUAAUUAAUGUUCAAUGAUUUGUAAUUGUUAUUCAUAGUCUAGAUGUUUUCUUUACUAUUGCAGGGACAGUCAUGGACCUCUUUUGUCGUAACUUCCUUGGUGGUGUUUUACUCUCAUUGCCAUUGAAAUGAAUGUGUGAUCAUCACCCUUAUAUUAAUUAAUGACAUAUCUUUUUUUUUUUUACUUCGUUCUGCAUUAUUCCCAUUCAAUGAGUGAUCUAACAAUAGACCA